CCUAUAUCUGCUGCAGCCCUCUGUAACUCUACCUAAUGGCUGCACAGUCUCCAAGCUUUGUCACAAUUUCCCUGAUUCCAGCCUCACACUCCUGGAUACUAGCCAGCAAGUUUUUGGAGUAUCAGAGUGCCUUCACUUCCUACAAACUGCAAAACUGGAGUAUCCCCAAAGCAUACAAGGAGCGUCCCUCUACCCAUGAUGGUCACACACAGUUCAUAACCAACGAUAGAGGUCAUCUACUGCCUGGAGUCCCAAAAUCAAAAGCCAGUCCAUGGGGAACAUUCAUUGGGACCUGGGAUAUACCCUUGAAAAUCCCACCUUCCAAACUUAACUUGACUUCCCGCUCUGCAAAUGCUUCUAAACGACUUGUAAACUGGAUCCAGAGUGCAACUCCUCUCAUUAGCGCUUGUAAUGGUCUGCAACCUCAAAUAACUGGCAAGGUAUCUCAAAGUGCAGACAACAUGGAAGAUAACCCUGUAAUCCACAAACCUAGUAAGAUGAUCAGUCAAGAGGAUACUCAUUUUUUAGAAGGAAAUGCCGGGAGAAACUCACAAGAGAGCCGACUAGGAACAUGUAAAGAGUUCCCAGAGAAGAUAGACAGUGGAGAGAAAGAAAGGUCUUUAUUGUGCUAAGGGAUGCAUGCUUGUUUUAGUGGAUGGGAUAGACUCUUUAUCACACCAGUAGCCAAACUAAUAAAAAAAAAAAAAAAAAAAAACACAUCAAUACCUUUUGAUUAAAUAAUCUCUGUUUUUUUAAAGUUUGUGGGUUGGUCUGGUAAAGACGAGUAAAGAUAUCUGAGAUAAAGUAUAAAUUAACUACUUGGUGAAAAAUACUAUAGGUACGUCUGGAUCAGGUAAGGCAUGUGCCUCAUUUGAAUAUGGUUAGGUACUAUGGGUUCUUAAUUCUCAGGAUAUUGGUGCAGUUCAGCACCUAUAAACGGUCAAGGACAACUGAUUGAUGGAGUUUAUACUUUAAUAUACUAAACAUUUUUUUUAUUUUUUUUUUGCUCUGCCUGGUCCAUAGUUCUUGUAAUCAAACAGAGCAGGAACUUUCAACUUUGUGGUUCAUAUCUAAUUCAAAACUCAAGCCAGAAUUACAAGUCAAUUAGUCAUUUAAUUUUACAACAACAAUCGGCUUCAUGAAAUCCUGUGUACCAAAAUGACAUUUCUUGACAUUGCUGAAGACCAAAUGCUAGUAAAAGAAUGUACUAUUUUUACCCCAA